AUGGCACCAAAACGUAAACGAAAGUUAACAAAUACAUUGUCAUCGUUUACACUUAGUGCUGAAUUAGUGGAGCGAUGGGCUAAUUUGAUGGCAAUGAAAGAUGAAGAAUUGAUUCCGGUUGAUAUAAUCGGAAGACAAAUGUUAUUUGAUGCGAGUGCAACAGUCGAUGGUAGUGGAGAGAGUAAGUAUUUUCUAGUUGAUUGGAGAAGAAGAAAGUCGUAAAAUAAAUAUUCGGCGGUUCGAGUGAGACAAUAGUUGGCAUUGUACGCUUUAUUUAGUUGCACAUUCACCUUUAUGUUCGAUCAUUUAUGUUGAUAUACUGCCAUUGUCAGUUACUGAGAAUUUUUUCGACUCUCAUAAAAGCAAGACAUGAAUGUAUAACAAGAUCGGUUUUUCAUUUGUUCUCUAUCGGAUGAACAUAGGAGCAACUAUUCUAAGCGACUAUUCUAGCAACUAUUGUAACUGCCUAAAAUCCAAGGGGAAAACGACCUCCUAAAAGGGUGCACACACUUGUAAGUGACAGCCACUUUAAGUGACACUUAAGUGUCACGUUUAUUUUUCUGUGUGAACAAGAUUUUAGCAGUAGUGAUUGCUAAUUUUUCCUUUUUACGGUAAGAAAAAGUAACAGAUUUCGCUUUUUGCUCAAAAGUUACGUGGUGUUGAAUGUUUAUGUUGCUUUAUAAAAAGAAGUCCAGAGGUAUAUGAGACCUUUUUUCUCGUACACAUUUUAAUGCACAUACAUGUAUUAGGGCUAUUAGGCCAGCAGCUAAUGCCUAACUAAUAUUCUUCCUUGAUAAUUGCCCUUAUUCAACUUUAGACGUUCGAUUUUGUUUUAACUAUUUAAUUGUUCUCAAGCAAAAAUUAUCAGAAUUAUGUUUAGAAAGAAAAGAGAGAAAACAGACGAAAGAAUAAGAUAGAGACGUUACUCGAUGACGUUACUUCGAGUGAGUAGCAUCCAUAACUAAACGAACGAUUAGCAAUAGAGAAAGAGAAAGGCUGUGAUAAAUCCAUCGCCCGUCUAUACAUAGUAAAAUAACAACAGUAAAAAGAAAGAAAAAUAACUGUUGUCUCGUCACUAAACCGACUGAUUUAUACUGAAAUAAACAGUUAUUCGUUUUUGGUUUUUUACUGACAUUUGUAGCUGCUUUCUAACUUUA